AUGGCGCCCACUGCUGGUUUCCCGACCCUGGCAGACUCUCUGGAGGCCAGGGUCGACCUGAUCUGGAUGCCCGACAACAACGAUCAGUCCUCGCCUCCUGAUUCUCCUGGCCCCUCCACCAGUGCACAAUCAGACCAUAUUCCCGAGAGCGAAGACGGUGAUGAGGGUGUUCACAACAAUACCGACGUGGAACAUUCAACUCAGGACACUUCCUCUCACGUUGACAACACCGAGUUGUCGCAGGCUUCGGGUUCGAACGACAUGUCAUCCAACACGGCUUUAUCCGACAGCGUUUCCUCAAACACCCAAGACGCCACCGAGGACGACGAUGACGUCCAGGAAAUCCUCCAAGCCCCUGAUGUCCCUCCGCCCUCGGAGGAAACCCUUCGCAGCCAGGCGAUAGCCUGGAUGGAGGCCACUUACUCCGACGUUCCCAACGGCGAGGUUAUCCAGCCUCCUCCCUGUUACGCCUACUCGCGUACUGAGCAUCCUGAGCGCCCGCGCAUCUGGAUCAAAGAUUUCUUCACGGGACAUGUCCGUCCGCGUCGCUUGGUUAAUGACCGCCUCGUAGACAUGUCCCGUGCUGAACGGGAACGCUGGGCAAACCAGCAGAGGAGGAUCCGAGGCGAGCCCGCUGGGUCAGCGUGGCAGAUUUUACGCCGGUGUGGACAUGGGAGAUGUAAUGAGAUCCGGUGGGAACAGCGGUUAAAGUAG